AUCACGGUGGCCCCCGCCUAGCUUCCUGUGGUAGGCAAUCGGCGUCCACUGAAUAGGGCACGGGAGAAAAGUGAGAAAGAGAGAAGACAGGAACGAUGAACACCGACAUAACGGCGUUGGCGAAACCGGAGUAUCCGGUGAUCGAUCGCAACCCUCCAUUCACUAAGACCGUGGGCAACUUCAACGUUCUCGACUACUGCCGCCUUCUCACCAUUACCGGUGUCUCCGUCACCUUCGGCUACCUCUCUGGGAUAAAACCAAACAUAAGAGGGCCAUCGAUGGUGACAGGCGGUCUCAUCGGCAUCAUGGGCGGUUUCAUGUACGCUUACCAGAACUCUGCUGGUCGCCUCAUGGGAUUCUUUCCCAACAAAGAUGAGGAUGUGAUGCUUCUGAAGCUGGUGAUGCGAUGGCCUAGUUCUAUCCUUCCAGCAGUGGGAUGCCUUAGAAACCAUUGAAAUCUCAUUCAACAGCCUGGUUGUCUUCUUUUGUGAAUUUCUACUACUUUUCCAGACUCUGUAUCUGUUAACUUCUGAUCUUCCUGGAUCUAUUUCAGUUCCAGCUCGAAAUUCUGCUUCAUAUCACACCAUAGCUCUAUCAAAUAGUGUUUGGCCCAGGUAUGGUCGCCAUGUGUAUGCUUUUCCUGACCCCUCACAUCUUAAGGUACGAGGUUUAGAUGGUUCUUGACUUUGAUAUAUUAGAGAUGAGGAUGUUAGUUAGGUGUAGUCCAUCUGCUUGGAUAUUGGAGUAAUCAUAGGUUGGAUUAUGACCGCGUCCCUUGGA